UAUCCACGGCAAAAACUAUUGCUCUACGAGGGUUUCAAAAGAACAGCGAUAAAGCGGCCUCAUUCUCUCCAUUUGUGGUUUAGUAGGACAACAGGAGGACAUUUCUUCAAGUCAUAGGAGAUGCAAUUCACACUUGAAUUCGGUGGGGGACUGGAACUUCUUUGUGAUUCUGUAAAGAUCCAUAAUGUCAAUGUUAACCCAAAGGAUGGAGAAGAGAAGUUAACCAUGAGAGACUUGCUAGCCUGGGUCCGUACUAAUUUGAUCAAGGAAAGGCCUGAAAUGUUCAUGAAAGGCGAUACUGUGAGGCCUGGGGUCUUAGUCCUCGUGAACGACUGUGAUUGGGAGCUAAGUGGCCAGCUUGAUACCACACUAGAAGAGAAGGAUUCAGUCGUUUUCAUUUCAACCUUGCAUGGUGGAUAGUGUCUCUAAACGGUUAUGGCUUUGAUGAUAACUUACUUUUCAGAAGAUGGUCAUUGUUUGGUGUAAGUUUCAUAAUGGAGUCAUUGUAAACAAUGUUAUAUUUAAGUACUUGAGGAAGCGAUGCAAAGUUUUGGCUGUCCUUCCUGGUACCAAAGUUUGUAUUAUAGCGUCAAUGGCCAAGUGUAUCUGCAUUUUGGGAAUAUUGUUAUGUUGCCAGGAGAGUUUCGUGGUUAAUUUGGUAUUGCUCGGACCCUAUUUUAAGUUGAGACUCUCAGAAUGGAAUACAAUGGCUAUCUACUGGAUUGCUUUACUA